AUGGCUGGGAAGGAGGGGGAUAAGGAGAGGGGGCGAGAAAAGGGUAGGGAGAGGGGUAGCAAGGAAAGAGGGAAAGAGGAUAAGGAGAAGGGAAGGGGGAGAGCGAAAGAGGAGAGGGAGAAGGGAAGGGGGAGAGAGAAAGAGAAGAGCAAGGGGAUGCACAGGAGAGCAGGGAGUCCCGGAAGUGGCCUGCCCAAGGGUUCCACGCCUUACAUUCUUCUGGCAGUCUGCCUUUUACUGGUGUUCGUCUUCUGGUUUGACAUCAUCUCAAUCUUCCAGGACGAGGAGCAAGCACUCAUCCGUGCCUCCUCUUCCAUACCCCCGCAAUUUGCUCAAUCAUCGCCUCGAAUAAAAUAUCGUUCCAACCUGCCCUGCCUGCUUGCUUAUGCCCUUUCUCCUUCUACCUCUGCUUCUUACCAUUCAACCCCUCAGUCCCUCACCCAGAACGAUUCACCACCAUCAUCGCCAGCAGCAGCCGCAGCAGCAGCAGCCGCAGCAGCAGCAGCAGCAGCAGCCGCAGCAGGAGAGUCAGCAAAACAACCUACUGACACCACUCCUGCCUCCUCUCCUGCCAAUGCCACCGCCAACACUCCUUCGGACGGCUCCGAACCAAGCGCCGAACCAAGCUCCGAACCUGCAGCUCCUGACAGCAGCAGCGGGGGUGCUGGACACAGCGGUCUAUCUAACGAGCCUGAGGGGGGGGAUAUCGCGCACAUGUUUCGGCCGGCGCAGUGGCGGCAGCACACGUUCAGGCGUGUGGGGCUGGUGUCGUUUGCUCAGUUCUCCGGGUAUCGCGUGUCGCCCACCGAGUUUGCUGCUGUUGGUCUGGCCGCCCGCGCUCUGGAUGAAGGCAGGAAGUUUGCCGCUGUUGAGCUGGCUGCCCUGCCCGCGCCCUGGAUGAAGGCAGGAAGGGAAGCAUAUGUAGCAGAGGGAGGAUGGCUGCACAUGCGCAUAGACGGGGAGGACGUGGUGGUGUAUGAGGAGCAGGCGGGGGAGGUGGUGAACGCCGUGCCGCAUGCCCCCUUCCUGCACAACAUCACGCACUGCUCGCCCCCCAUCCACCACCAGGUAAGCUCUCUCUUCUAUCCCCCUCUCCUGCACAACAUCACGCACUGCUCGCCCCCCAUCCACCACCAGGUCAGAGCGGAGCGUGUCCGCCAGUGGAUGGAUCUGCACAUCCGCAUGGGAGUGGACCAUUAUGUUCUCUACGAUGUGGGCGGGGUGGACCUGCAACUGCGCUCCGUGCUCCAGGUGAGACACGUGACAGUACGUGCCUCCUUUCAUCUGCACAUUCGCAUGGGCGUGGGCCAUUAUGUCCUGUACGAUGUUAGCGGUGUGGACCUGCAGCUGGGUUCUGUUCUUCAGCCGUUUCUGGAUGGAGGGAUCGUGGAAGUCACCGACUUUCGUGACGUGGUGAACUAUGAGUCAUGGUAUUAUGGACAGCUCUCCAUCCCGCCAUCCCUCAACCUCACCGGCUCGCCAUCCCUCAACCUCACCGGCUCGCCAUCCCUCAACCUCACCGGCUCGCCAUCCCUCAACCUCACCGGCUCGCCAUCCCUCAACCUCACCGGCUCGCCAUCCCUCAACCUCACCGGCUCGCCAUCCCUCAACCUCACCGGCUCGCCAUCCCUCAACCUCACCGGCUCGCCAUCCCUCAACCUCACCGGCUCGCCAUCCCUCAACCUCACCGGCUCGCCAUCCCUCAACCUCACCGGCUCGCCAUCCCUCAACCUCACCGGCUCGCCAUCCCUCCAUCCGUCCUGUCUUUGUUCCGCACCACCUCACCAAGUGAUGAUAGUGAACGAUUGUGUGUAUCGGUCGCUUAAUGCCACCCCGUCCAUCAUUUCUAUCGUCUACACCCGUCCCCAUUCCUUCUUGUCUCCUCUCCGCCCCACCAGGUGA